CGACGUAUCACUCUCUUAACUUUUUCACACACAACUCCACUCUUCAAAACAAACAAAACAGCGACGUUUUAAGGAUGAGUAAAGCAGGCAGCUCCGGCGUAAACAACCGCCAGAACUUUCCGCCUAACCCGAAUAACCGAUUCCAGAAAAGUGGUAGCGAGGCGGUGUACGAGGUGAAGGAGACGAAGUCGUGCGUGAUAUACAGGGUAGACAUGCCUGGUUGUCCCGUUUCGGACCUCGUCUACUGGGUCGACGGCAAAAACGUGCACUUCUUCGCCGACGAACCCGCCAUGCCCGAGUACGACCACGAAGGACGCAAAUACGGAGGCACGAUGGUUUUCAACACAGAGUUUUACGAGGUGAAGGGGGCUAAGGCUAAGAUUCUCAAUGGUGUGCUCUGGAUCACCGUCCCUAAGAUCCCAGGCAAACACAUCAAGCUUAAUGUCAUUGAGAAGAUGGUGAAUGUCAAGAUAACAAGAGAUGACGUGGUUUGAGUCCGUCGUACGUACGCCUCUUGUCUUUAUCCGUCUCGUCUCUCUUUGCCUCGUUUAUGGUGUCUCUUGGGUUUAUGGUCUUUUGUCUCUUUUUCUUUUCUGGUUUUUAAUAAAAGGGUCGACUUUGUUGCAAACUGGUUUAUGUUUAUCUUUUCUAUGGUUGAGUGCUUUUCAUUUCUUCUAGUAAUAACUGAUUAAUG